GGCGUUUUCAUCCUGACAGUAAGUUGAGACCAUAAAAAAACACAAAACACUUGUAAUAUGCCCUCGAAAACUACAACAACACUCCUGUUAAGGCCCAGCCCACAACGCCAACGCAAUCAACACAAAUUACGUUCUUCAGCAACUUUAUUACUAUUGCCCUCACCUGCUGCUAGUUUAAGAAAAAACAUUCCUUUAUCUAAUGUACUCGUAAUAUGUUUCCUUUUGGUCAGUCUGCAGGCACUUGAGGUGACGGCAAAAGUUAAAACGAAAAAGAAUUCGAAUAUUCACUUCAGCAAUAAUGAGGAUAAUCUGAAAACCACCACUGAAGGUCAACAUUUCGCCAUGGAACCACAAGAUCAAACAGCGGUAGUGGGUUCACGAGUUACUCUACCCUGUAGAGUUAUGAAAAAGAUUGGUGCUCUACAGUGGACAAAAGAUGAUUUCGGCUUGGGUCAACAUCGUAAUUUAAGUGGUUUUGAGCGUUACUCUAUGGUGGGCAGUGAUGAAGAAGGUGAUUUUUCUUUAGAUGUUUUUCCCGUCAUGUUGGAUGAUGAUGCCCGUUAUCAGUGCCAAGUGGGUCCUGGACCUAAUGGUGAAGCUGGCAUUAGGUCGAGAUUUGCCAAACUGACUGUUUUAGUACCACCUGAGGCUCCCAAAAUUUUACAGGGAGAUCAUUUGGUAACAACUGAAGAUCGUGAAAUUGAGCUGGAAUGUGAUUCGGUGGGUGGAAAGCCAGCGGCAGAGAUCACCUGGAUCGAUGGCUUAGGCAAUGUCCUAACAAAAGGCAUUGAAUAUGUCAAAGAACCUUUGGCAGACAGUCGUCGUAUAACAGCCAAAUCCAUAUUGAAAUUGACACCCAAGAAAGAACAUCAUAAUACCACUUUUACAUGUCAGGCUCAAAAUACCGCUGAUCGUACCUAUAGAUCAGCCAAAAUCCUUUUGGAAGUUAAAUAUGCUCCCAAGGUAACGGUGUCGGUGGUAGGAGGAGCUUUGGCAGGUGGUCGCAUUCCUGAAGGAGCUGAGGUUAUACUCUCUUGUCAAGCUGAUGCUAAUCCUGCUGUACAAACCUAUCGUUGGUUUAUCAACGAUGAACUGGUAACGGGAGAUUAUACCACUAAAAUGGUAAUACAUAAUGUUUCGCGACAAUAUCACGAUGCCAUAGUUAAAUGUGAAGUGGUCAAUGCUGUGGGUAAAAGUGAAGAAAGUGAAACUUUGGAUAUAAGUUAUGGUCCAAUUUUUCGCCAAAGACCCUCUUCCGUAGAGGCAGAUUUAGGCACAAGCGUUACCAUGCGUUGUGAUGUUGAUGGCAAUCCCACACCCGAAAUAGAAUGGAUUAAUGAAAAUUCUGAUCGUGUGGUAGCCACCACCGCUAAUCUAACUUUAAAAGUUACUGCCGAUACAGCAGGACGUUAUUAUUGCAAAGCCGUGGUGGAGGGUUUUCCCGAAAUCGGUGCCGAGGCCACAAUUUAUGUUAAAAGGGCUCCCAUUAUAACUUCGCACAAGGUGCAAUUUGGUGCCGUUGGUAAUCGUGCCAAAAUUGAUUGUUUAGCCUUUAGCAUACCCAAAGCGGAAAAGAUUUUAUGGUCUUAUGAAGGCAAAAUUAUAAAUAUGUCUACUGCCGAUCCCGAUUUGUAUAUAUUCGAAGAACAUCAUUUGCCUGAGGGCGUCAGGGCGGCACUGAUAAUCAAGGAAAGUCGUUCCAAUCAUUUUGGCAAAUAUAAUUGUACAGUUGUAAAUUCAUAUGGAAGUGAUUCAUUGUUAAUUACUUUAAUACCAGAACCUGGUUCGGUACCCGUCCUUUUAGUGGUCAUGGGCUCUAUGUCCUCGGUGGCCAUUAUCCUUAUGGUUGUGAUGCUCGUGAUUGUGUAUAUGAAACGUAGCAAGAAGAAACCCAUGCCCGCUGAUGUUAUACCGGAAGCUUCACGCGGCGGUGAUAAAUUAAGCGAUCUCAAACAUGAAAUGCGUGCCAAAGCCUAUGAAGCAGCUGAAUAUUCUGAGUCCACCUCUGAUGGUUUAGCCAUAAAUCUAACGCAUUCUCCCAUGCCUGAUGUACAAAUGAAGGGUGCCACUUUGGGAGUACCCCUAGCAGGUCCCGUUAAAUUAGAUGAAAGAUUUUCUGGUGACUUUGGUGAUCGCUAUAAUAGAUCGUGUAAUAUAAAAAAUAUUAAAAAUCAAGACUACAAGGAGUCGGUUAAUGGUUAUGCUCCUUAUUUUGAAUACGCUUUAGAUUACAGUCCUCCUAAUGAUAAUAAAAAUUCUAUGAGUUCUGUAUCGAAAAGUAAUUCAACUACAAUUAGUUCGGCUACUCUGCCUCACUAUUCGAAUCCUGCUAGCACAACGGGUAAUAUGAGUUUACCCCGGAAUCGGAGCGAUAUGCAACAGCAACAGUCUAUGAAUAAUGGAUUUUUAGGCCAACCACUAUUACAAAACGGCAUUGACAGUCGUUUUAGUGCCAUUUAUGGUAAUCCUUAUCUGCGCACCAAUUCCUCCAUACUCCCACCUCUGCCGCCACCAAGUACUGCCAAUCCGGCGGCAACACCAGCACCACCGCCUUAUCACGCACCCCGUAAUCAUGGCAAUCUCAUGGGCAACGGAGUCAUGGGAAGUCUAAAAAACUUCGGCAACGCCAAUAGCAUAAUUACUGGUACCAAUGGUCCGGCUAGUGUAAGUGGUAGCAGUUCAAAUCUCACCUCCAGUAGUAAUACAUUGGCGGCUACACCGCUGCAGCAGCCUACCGUGGGAACACCCUCUGGUAUGGUAAACUCCUCAAAUGCAACUACAGCACAAAGUCCAUCGGGCCAAUUUAUACUACCGUCAAAUGGUAAUGCGGCUAAGAAAGGAGCAUUAGCAACGCAUGUUUAAAUAUAGUGCAAAAAAUUGCACAAACACACACACACUCGAAACAAACGAACGAAUGAUAUAAACGAAUUAAACCGGAUAACGGAAGUUUUAUUCAAAUUUUUAUAGAAAAAAAAAACAUAUUGUGAUUUUUAGCGUUAAUUAUUUACCUAUGGCAACUUUAU